AUGAAAUAUUGCUUGAUUUUCCUUCUAAUUUACGGGGUCGUUGUCUUUGCUAGCCCCAGGGGUAUCGCAAAAGCUCUUCCACGGGAGGCUCUAGUAGCACCGUCACCGACGCGAUUCUCGUCAAAUUCAGGUGCUGGAUUCUUCGAAGAGCUCAAAAAGCGACAGACUGCGGCUCCAAUAUCGACAUGUGGCUACGACAACGGUGAUCUGACCAAGCCUCGCACAGCAAACUCAGGCUUCAACUGCAGAGUAGACACGAAAAACGGAUUAUGGGGAUUUUGCCCAACGACUGUCAUUUCAGCUAGCGACUGUGGGCUGGCAGAAAACUGUGUAGAUGCGAACGCUUGCUCUGGUGGAUGUGGUAUCAUUGGGGCAGUAGGUAUCACAACUUUCACUUGUAAUUCGCCUGGGGCAGACUUCUGUUCGACUGCACUCUUGGUUGAUGGACCAGAUCAAACCUACUCAUAUAUUGCUUGCGCCCCAUCCUCUGGAACACAGCUUUUAUUCGCUGAACCUACUAUAACAUCGUCGGCCGCACCAUCUUCAACCCACACUCCGAACUCAUCUACACCGUCCUCCACGUCAACAUCCUCCUCCUCAUCUUCUCCCAUAUCAUCCUCAUCCUCGUCUACAAGAUGUUCUCCUCUCUUAUCUCAUUUAAGCUCAGCCCUCUCAUACGAGUCAAACGGAUCAUCGUCUCAAUCCGCACCUCCUAGCACGCCUAAUCCUCAAUCCAAGGACAAUGUCGGAGCAAUCGUUGGUGGGGCCAUUGGCGGACUUGCAGUGAUGGCCUUCCUUGUCCUCGGUAUUCUGUUCUUGCGAAGGUACCAGCGAGACCAUAUUAGCAGCGGGGUGACCACACAGCAGAAUCGAGAUGACCCCAAGAUCUUAGCUGAUCUUGAAACGAAACGCAGAGAAUCCGACUAUUGGAAAUAUAGAGAAUUUAGUCCGAUCGAAUUGUCUACGAGGCAAGGGCCUGUUGAGCUAGGUGGUUGAUGUAUUGCUAUUAUUAGUUAUUCGUAUCUAGUGGCAGGCCGUGUAUAGUAAAAUUUAGAGGCAAAUAGAUGGAUGAAUCAUGGAGCUGGGCAUCCUGUUGAUUCUUGUAGUAUGGCUAGGAUAUAAGAGAUAAUGGAUAUAUGGGGACGUGCUAAGCUAGGGGAUUUUUAUAUACAGUAGUGCUCCUUAGAGCACGGGCGUAAGCCUUAGAAAGCAUUUCUUGCCGUAGCGCUUGACCGAUGGGCCUGGUGACAGUGACCCUUCC